AUGGCAAACGAGCUCUCGGAUCUCGUCCUAUAUGACCCCUUCACCGCGGCGUUGAUCCCGCUCCCACCAAUCACCGGUUUUGCGCCGUGCAUACAGGGUGUCUAUGGAGACGAAGGAAAGAUCGUCGGCUAUCGUUACGGGUGUUACAUGAUAGAACGUGUUCAUGAUGUGCAGUCCCUCGGUGGGUAUUUCUACGACAAGGUUGUGUUGUCCGGUCCUCCGUCCACUUGUCGCGCUGUUGCUCUGGUCAUCCACCUGGAUGGCAAGCGGCUCUCUUUCGCGAGAAUAGGAGACACCUAUUGGCAACAAGUAUCGGUGAUCCGAAGAAAUGGAGAUAGUUUUGCAGAUUGUAUCUACCACCGCGGAAGGUUCUAUGCGGUGACAAUGGAAGGGAUAUUGAAGUCAUGGGACUUUAGUGGACCAGACAAACCGAGGAAGAAAACGGUCAUCGCCGAGGAUGACAAUGAUAUGUUCGACGACCCAGUUAUCACUAGGUACUUGCUUUCGACUCCUUGGGGUAAUCACUUGCAGGUGCGUGUCUUUCUUGACACACACCAGGGAAACAAUGUCAGGAUUGAAGUAGACAGGUUGGACCUCAAGAGUCAGACAAGGGUAGCACUGAGCUCAGGGAAGGCUCUGCGGGGACAUGCGGCCUUCGUCGGACAGAAUAGCCCUGGCAUUUUAUCCACCAAAGAAUUCCCCAAACUAAGACCCGAUUGUAUCUAUUUCACAACUCCCCGCCUCAGAGAGCGCCAUGCUUUCGAGCAUCGCCGUAACCAAUGGAGCGGUGUGAAGGUCUAUGACCUGAGGAGACAGACACUUGAAGAUGCUUUCCCGUCUAGUGGAGGUCUUUACGGAACCAUCUUUCCAUUGGAAGUCUGGUUCACACCAAGUCUGAUCUGA